UGGAACUUCUUCUUGCUCCUUUGUAUCCCGCGAUAGUUCACCAAUGUGCAUAUACGCUGUUGAGUGACGCAAAGUGCGAAGAAAUCUCGUGGAGUGAAGCUUAUUUCUUUUUUUUUUGUUUAGCAUAUUCUAUGAAUAUUUGAAUAUUUAAAUUUUUUUUACAUCACCGCAGAGAUGGUGCACUCAAUGACACUACGAAUUAAUAUUUAUUACAUUUUUUUGUUGUUUGGGAAUGCAUUUGGCUUGUACGAAACGGCUCCGCAUAUAAUCGUCUUCAUGGCCGAUGAUUUGGGGUGGUACGACGUCGGUUUCCACGGUUCGGAUGAAAUACCUACUCCAAAUAUAGAUGCCCUGGCGUACAACGGAAUUAUUUUAAAUAGGCAUUAUGUCUUACCGUCUAGCACACCUUCCAGGACGGCGUUUUUUACUGGGAAAUAUCCAAUACAUUUGGGUAUGCAGGGAGAAGAUAUACAAGGUGGUGAACCCAGAGGGCUACCCCUCAACGUGAAGAUCUUGCCGGAACACUUACAGGGGCUGGGUUACACGACAAAUCUAAUUGGAAAGUGGCACUUGGGAUACCACACGCUUCAGCACACCCCCUCGUACCGUGGUUUCGAUUAUUUCUGUGGUUUUUAUAAUAGUCACGUUUCGUAUCAUGACUACAAGUAUUCGUACCAGAAUAUGAGUGGGUAUGAUAUGCAUUGCGGUGAUGCCCCGGCUUACGGCUUAAACGACAAAUACGUGACGGAUCUUUUCACCGACAAGGCGGUGAAGAUCAUUGAGAAUCACGAUUCGUUCCGACCGCUCUAUCUCCAAAUAUCGCACCUCGCCGUUCACGCGCCUCUCGAGAAUCCGCAGGAUUAUGAUCACUCUGAUAGGCGGUUCAUACACAUCCGCGAGCAACAUCGCCGCAAGUAUGCCAGGAUGGUAUCGAAAUUAGAUGACUCCGUUGGGCGCAUCGUUCAUACUUUGGGCAAUCGGGGAAUGCUGAGGGACUCGUUGAUCCUCUUCCUCACAGAUAACGGUGCGGCGCCUAUUGGCAAAUUUCGCAAUUUUGGCUCGAAUUAUCCCUUACGAGGUAUGAAAUAUACCCUUUAUGAGGGUGGGGUAAGAGGAGUUUCCGUGCUAUGGUCACCAAGAUUAAAUAAACCAGCACGUGUGUGUGACAACCUGAUACAUAUAUCCGACUGGCUACCAACCCUCUAUGCCGCCGCUGAUGGCGAUCUGAGUGAUUUGGGGGAGAUCGACGGGGUCGAUCAGUGGCGCAUGUUGAACGACGGUCAUCCGAUAGUCAGAGACAAGCUGCUGUUAAACAUUGACGAGAUUUCCAAGACUGAGGGUGCCAUUUACAAGCACUACAAGCUUCUUCGAGGAUCGAUUGAGGGUGGCAUCUACGAUGGACAUCAUCGCGAUUCAUAUGACUACGACAGAAAUUUUAAACAUUCAUUUUAUAACGAUACGAAAUGGAAAGCCACACAGGAAAACGUGCCAUCUUAUACCGACACCAUUAAGAAAAGCGUUGUGUCCGAAAGCAUCACUCAUUUCCUAGGCGAUCCGGUCACUCAGCCCAGCACGAUAGCUCAUUUGCGACAAGAAGCCGAGCGGGUUUCUUGUCAAACCACCACCACUUAUGGAAAUAAUUUCUUUACUUGUAACGUCACCGAGUGCUUGUUUGACAUAAAGGCCGAUCCUUGCGAAACAAAAAAUAUCGUCCACCAAUAUCCAAGGAUUGCUCGGGAACUAGAUCAGAUACUGGAGCAUUACGGGCACUAUGUCAGAAUGCAAGUUAAGACACCGGUAGAUUGGUUUCACGCUGAUCCAAGAAGAACGAAUAAUACGUGGGAGCCAUGGUUACCGACAGACAACACGUAUUAUCCGUAUUACAAUACGGCGGUUCAACUAGCCGGUUUGGCGUACUACCUUCAUAUUGGGAUAGUUCUCGUGACGGUUGUGUGCAAAGCUUUUGUUUGAAUAAUUGGUCCGAUUGAACCGCAGAUGUAUACAUAAUGAAAUUCCAUCGGUCCGUCUAGAGUAAUUUACAGUCACGUGGAGCUGAUAUUUCGUCGAAGUUGUUUCAAGAUGAAAAAGUACAUUUUCGCUUUUUCUUCGUGUAUUCUAAGGCAGAAUGGCAUGAAACGUUUGCAGUUUAAAUGCGCAAUGUUACAAUGCAGCAACGCAUACGGUGAAUUUAAACGCAUAAGUUGCAGAUAUGUUAAACGUCCAUGUCUGAAUUAGCAUUAGACAUUAUUCGACGAAUUAAUGUUUAUAUUGUUAGUUUUUCUCGUACUACUGCGUGACAUUACAAUCAUCUUUUUGACGUAGAAACAUUUCGAAAAUGUAUGACGGGUGCGAUAUGGCUUAUCUUGCUACAUUUGAUUUUAAAAUAUGUAAAGAGAAAGUCUGCGCGUUAAAAGAAAGUUUUGUGUCAGAUAAUCUGUCUUGGACAGAUAAUUUUAUAGAUGAUUUCAAGUAGUUCCGUUAUUUAUUCGACGACUUUUUAUCCUUUUUUUUUUAGCUUUCUACGUAAUCAAUAAAUUUCAAAUCUAUAUGCUCAUCUCUAUACUUUAAUGUGACUUCACCGAGGAUCGAUGGUCAUUUAGGUUGAUUUAAACUUGCUAGUCGCAAAAUAUAUUUAUCCCAAUUAAUGUUCAUUCAAACCUGUUUGACUUUUCUUUGCAAUUACACGCUUAACGUAGUUGAAUGAGUAUAUCUCUAAUACAUAAUCCUGGAAGGAUUAUUUAUAUCUGUUAUCAUAACAAAAUACCAUUUAUUUUGUUGGGUUUUUUUUGCUAAUUGCGCUUUUUCAAUGCUUAAUUUGUAACAGGAUUAAAAAAUGUUACAUAAAAGCAAUAGUGAAUAAUAAAUUAGGUUGGUUUACCUCAGCAUCAUUUUAAUUUUAUAACAUUUUUGUCAUUUAAAUAUUGGAGAAGCUAUUAUUAUUAUUAUUAUUAUUAAAGUAUAAAGAUAUCUUUCACACACACACAGUACCUCUAUUUUAAUUAUUAUAAUAUAAUGUUAAUUAAUAAUUAGGGAUGGGAAGUAACGCCGUUAGUAUUUGUAAAAGUUAUACGAAUGUUACUACCAAAUAACAAUUUGGUAAUAAUAUAUAUACAAUUUUUAUAAAGGUAAGGCCAGAGAUAAAAUAGUAUUUGAUAAAUAAUUCCUCAGCAAAUAUCAAGUUACAGUUACACAACUGUUAGUUAUAAUUUCCCACUUAAUAAUGAAACUGUUAUAUAACACGCGUUAUGUAAGAGUUAUAUUGUUGAAUGGGAAAUUAUAAUUAACAGUUUUAUAACUGUGAUUUAGUGUUUGUUGGGUCGUUACCAUUACACAUUUCUUAUUGAAAAAAAGUGAUUUGUUAGUUGACUUGUUACAUAAAAGUACUGCGCUAAUAUAUUAAUGUGGGUCGUAGUGAGUUAACUAACAAGUUACUUUUUUCAAUGAGUAACACAUAACGGUGAUGGACAAAUUGUUUGUUAGAAAUGAUUAUUUUAAUCUUGGCGUUACCAAUAUCAUUAUGAUUCAAAAAAUUAACGCUGCUACUAAAAUAAAAAAAAAUAAAAAAUAACGGUGAUGCGUUAUUUCUUAUUCUUGUAUUAUAUUAUUAUUUAUAUCAUGUAUGUCUUGCAAAAUUAAAUAAUAAUUUAUAAUUAACCGUAUUAAUUGUAUAUGAUAAAUAAAAUUUAAAAUAAAAUCAAUACUUUUAAUAUAUUUUACAACAAUUUUCGAAUAUAAUUCCGCGUAUAUUAACUGAAAAAAAAUCGCGUUUACAAAUUAUGUAUAUUACAAAUUUUCGCAAUGAUACGGAUGAUGCGUAUUAUGCUUUAGAUAACAUUUCAGGCAACAAUGUUUAGUCAACAAUAUCUGUAAUAAAAAAGAUAAAAGCUAAAA